CUGCAUAAUUUCGAUAUCAGUUCCAUGGGGUUAGUUGUUUUCAAAGCAAGUGUUGCUAUUGAGACUGUUUAUUCUAUUCAAGGAUAAAGCAAAAAUGGUUGUAAAGCAAUUGUUAUCGGUGAUAUUCUUUGUGUUCACGUGCCUGGAAAUUAGUAAGAGUGUGCAUAAUAAACAUCCAGUGCCAUUCAACAAAUUAGCAACAUGCCAGGAAUUCGAUGUAGAGUCAAAAUCGUGUCUGCAUUACUUUCCUGUUGGAAGCAUUAAAAACUACAAGAACAGGGACUUUAAACUACAAAUGAAGUUUUACGUGAUGGCAACGAACGAUGCUAAUAUUGUACUUACAAAUGGAUUGGAAUUGGGAAAGGGACGUAUCGCAUAUACCAUUGUUGUUGCGGGUUUUGAAAACACAUACUCUUGGAUUCGAAAUACAACUGAAGUGACAGUUGGCAUAGACAGUCAUUUGCCGAAAAUUCUGUCACCACUCUGGCCAACUCCCAUCCUUGUUCAGGUGAAAUAUGAUGGAACUUUGCUGGUGUCAAUUCCGGAUGUGGCAGAACCACUUAUGGUAGCUGACGCUCGAGACUUAACAGAAAUCAAUCAAGUCUGCAUUUAUGCCUGGAAUUGUGAAAGUCGGUGGUUCUAUAACUGCACUGAACUUGAAGAUGUUUUUAUUGAAGAUGAAUCAGAUUGUUCUCACAAUAAAAGAGAUUGCUUGGCAGGAAUUGAAUGGGUAAAUUGAAAGCAUCAUUGAAAUUUAAGUUGUAUUUUUUGACUUAAGUGAUAAAGUGAGUAAAUAAAGUCUGUUUGGACG